UCCGUCCCUCGUCCAUGCUCAGGAACCUGGACUGGGCCCGCACCUUCAGGUCUUGACGGCGAUGGCAAGCUGAGGGGAGACGAGGCGAUUGGAUCGACAGAGGGGGCUGCCCUUCCUCCGCAGGCUGCUAGAUGUUCCUUUGCCGCGGGAAGUUCAGUUAACGCCUAAGGGGGGGCAUCUGCUCCCAUUCAACAGAGUCUUCUUCUAACCCCCACAAUCCGGGCGAGAGGGCCCGAGUGACGGUUUAACACGCUCUACGGUGUCCAGACAGGCUGGAGGUCUGCGGAGGGUCUCUCCCGAUGCUGCUUGCAAGGACAAGUGACAUUAACCCCACUGGCGUCUUAUGCUCGACUGCCGGGUUUGUGCUAUGCGUUGGGCGUCUUGGACAGUCUACCUUUGCCUGCUGUUCUGCUGCGUUCAAGGUACCAUCCGAUCAGACGCUCAGACUGUGGUUGGCCGCAUAGGAGAGAGCGCGGUCCUGGGGUGCAGCCUCCUCCACCAGGACGCGGGGCGCCCUCCUCUCUACGUCAUCGAGUGGGUGCGAUUCGGCUACGUCCUCCCCAUCUUUAUCAAAUUCGGCCUCUACUCCCCACGCGUGGACCCUCAGUAUCUCGGACGGACGCGUAUCGAGGAAGGCGCCUCCCUGCGCGUGGACUCGCUCCGAUCCGAUGACCAGGGGUGGUACGAGUGUAGGGUGCUGUUCCUGGACCGCCACCACGGGGACGAAGACUUUGCUAACCAAUCACUCCCUGCUUUCUUCACAGCCCCGCCCUCUUUCCGAGAGACUCCACCCAUGUCCGUGGAAGUGCGCAUUGGAGACACGUUGACGCUCACCUGCCUGGCCUAUGGAAACCCGCAACCUGUCGUGUCCUGGAAGAGGGAGAACGUGGCGAUAGGGGGCGGAGACAAGGUCCAGGUCAGUAAUGGAUCGCUGCGGAUCAGCGGGGUGCAGAGGUCCAGCGCCGGCGUCUACACGUGUCACGCCACCAGCGAGGAAGGAGAGGUGACGCACGCAACGCGCGUCCUGGUCCAAGGUCCGCCCGUCAUUGUCGUCCCCCCGGAAAACAUCACCGUCAACGUUUCCCAAGAUGCCUUUCUGACCUGCCAGGCCGAGGCCUACCCCGCCAAUCUCACCUACAGCUGGUUCCACGGCAACAGCAACGUUUACCUGCUGAGCCGCCUCCAGUCCCGAGUGCGCAUCCUUGUGGACGGGAGCUUCCUGCUGCAGCAGGUCACCCCGGAGGAUUCUGGGAAAUACACCUGCAUCCCCAGCAACGGCCUGUGGAAGUCGCCCUCGGCCUCCGCCUACCUCACUGUGCUGCAUCCGGCCUAUGUGACCGACAUGCCGGCCGAAACCUUCCUGCCCAUCGGCAUGCCGGGCGCGAUCAGGUGCCCCGCCAGGGCCAAUCCGCCGCUCCUGUUCGUCAACUGGACCAAGGACGGCCUCCCGCUGGCGCUGGACAAGUUCCCGGGAUGGUACCUGGAAGAGGACGGGUCCAUCGCGGUGACCACGGGGAACGACGACGCCCUCGGCACCUACACCUGCACCCCCUACAACAGCUACGGCAGCAUGGGCAGGUCUCUGCCCACCGUCGUUAUCCUGAAGGACCCGCCCUCCUUCACCGACCUCCCAAAAGAGGAGUAUUUCCAGGACGUGGGGAGGGAGCUGAUCAUCCAGUGCACCGCCUCCGGGGACCCGCCUCCCGUCAUCAGCUGGGCCAAGCUUGGGGUUCCCGGUAAAAGUGGAGCUCAGAUGGAUGUGAACGGGAGUUUGAUAUUCAGACCUCUCACCAAGGAGGAGCACGGCACAUGGGAGUGCGCAGCUGCCAACAACGUUGCCAGGAUCAGCACACGCACCACUGUCUAUGUACUGGGCACAAGCCCCCACGCCGUCGGCAAUGUCUCCGCCCAGUCGUUGGUAAACGCGGUGAACGUCACCUGGACCCCCGGCUUCGAUGGAGGAUACAUCCAGAGGUUCAGCGUUUGGUAUGCCCCACUGGUGAAGCGCGUCAGUCACGGGCACCACGAGUGGAUUUCCCUGUCGGCGUCGGUUGGUUCCGGUCACCUGGUGGUGGAGAAGUUGCAGUCGGAGAACACAUACCAGUUCAGCGUUCUGUCGCAGAACAAGUUGGGAAGCGGGCCCUUCAGUGAGAUAGUGACGGCCUCUCCUAUUGGUAUCCCCUCCACCACCUUACCUCCACCUGUACCCACCACAGACUCUCGGGACACCCUGACCCCUCCCCGUUACCUGUCUGCCAACGAGACCUCCCGCGGAGUGCUGCUGACCUGGGCCCCGCCCCUGCGGUCCUUCCUCCCUCUGCGCGGCUACGGCCUGGAGUGCAGGCGCGAUGAGGGAGCCUGGGAGCUUCUCGACGAGUCCAUCCCCACCGCUCAGACGGAGCUCCUCGUUCCCGGGCUGUUUAAGGAUUCCCUCUACGAAUUCCGCUUGGUGGCGUUUGCCGGCGAUUACAUCAGCGAGCCCAGUAAUUCAGUGAACAUCUCCACGUCGGGGAUGAGGGUCUACCCCGCGCACACAGAGCUCCCGGAGGUUCAGCAGAAAUCCCUUAUGGCAGGGGUCGUUGGAGGAGCCUGCUUCCUUACCCUGGCGGUCAUCCUAAGCACCAUAGUUGCCUGCAUGAUGAACCGACGGAGGGUCAGACGUCGCCAGAAGAGGAGGCAGCAAGAUGCACCAAUGGUCUUCUCCCAACCCAAGAACGCUACUCCUUCACAAAAUUCUAAUGGUUCUAGCAGCCCCGACAGUCUCAUGAGGCUCAAGCUUCACGUAGCUCCGUACGAAAGCUUCCGGAAAUCUCUGCACUUGGGAGAGAAGACUGUGAACAACCUAGGCGUCAGCCACGGAAGUAGCGCGAGCGGCAAGUACGCCAUUUACGAGAGCCAUAUUGGAGAUUGCUUGCCGUUGGAGCGCAUCUGUCGCGGGCCCGAUGGGCGCUUCGUGGUGGAGACGGAGACGCGGCCAAAGAGGAGCAACAUCAGAGGCUUUCCGUAUGUGACCGAGACGGACCUGUAUCCAGAAUUCAACGCCAGGGACUCGUCGGAUCUCAGCCAGUGUUCACAGGCCAAAACAUACUUGCAGGUUUGUCCGCUACGGGAGAGGCUUUCAGGGUCUUGGCGGGACGAAGUGAAGUUGAGACCAAAGGCCACUGGCCAGGCUCGUAAGGAAGCAAGAGAUUCUGGGUAUCGCCAAGGGAGGUAUUUUGGAUGUAGCAGUAGUCCGCUAGAAGAAGCCAAACCCUUCCGGAUAUCGGACAUCAGCCCCGUAACAUCUUCCGUUCCUCUGCCGUACAGCCAGGUGGAGGAGGCGCGCUGUAGCGAUUCGGUUCAGAUAGAUGGAGAUUUAGAAAGAACUAUUUCGACUCUCCGGGAAUCUGAACAUGACUGUUUUUCGUCCUUGAGCACAGUAGUUAGAGCGCCUUCGUUACUUUUACAGAAACCUCUUGGGCUCAGCGACCAAGGAAGCCAACUAAGGCACAGCCUGUCCACUCAAAGUGGCAUCCUGCAGUAUCUUAGUCUACCGUUCUUCAAAGAGAUGAGUGUAGAUGGAGACUGGCCAGUGGAGGACGAGUCCCAAACCAGGACAUCAGAGCCCAGCUCUUCGGAGGCCGAGGAAAAAGAGAGUCCAAACAACAACCAUCUGGACGAUCGGACAUUGAUGAGCGUUGAUGGAACUAGCGGGAGCCGUAAGGAAGAGUCCCCGUGCGCUCCCCAAAAACUGUUGUCUCUUGACUAUGUAAACUGUAGCCAAGAGCAGUCUGUGCCUGUCAAAACCUUUCUAAAACCCCCCGAGCCCAACCUGGGACCUGCGAAAGCCGUCCUGCCUGGAAGUCUACUGUGGUCUCAACCUCCGGAGGACGCUGAGCAUUUUAAAGCUGGUCAGAGAGCACACUGGGGUCAUGGACACAUCCCUAUGGACCACAGGCUAGAGCAGCAUAUCCCAUCUCACUAUCAAUACUCUUUGAAGGACCAGCCGCUCUCGGUGUUCACUGACUUUCUGGCCUUGGAAAAGCAGAGGCCGCCGCUGGACAAAUCUCUCUUUCUGCAGGGCUCCGAGAAGGUGAUGCGGAGCAGCCUCACCAGUCAGAGCAGCGGCAGGGGGAGUGUCUCCUUUCUCAGGCCCCCCUCCUUGGCUCAAUCGGUGGGGGGCAGCUACCUCAAUUCACCGUUGGGUGAGACGUCUAGCUGGUACAGCGGAGGGGGGUCCCAGGGCUCCAGUGCGGAGGAUUAUCGGCACAGAAAGGACUCCUUGUUGGCAACUAUAAGCAAUAGAAGGAACACAUCCGUGGACGAGAAUUACGAAUGGGACUCGGAGUUCACCCUGGAAGCCGACCUCAUGGAUGCCCUUCAGGUCUACCGCAGCGGUAAUGGCGGCCGGCCCAUCUCCACCGUUGCUGUGGGCGACGUGGAAAGGCAAAGUUUGAAGCUUCCUCUGGAGGCAGAUCCAUGCCCGGCUGGCUCGGGAUCGCUGGACGACCUGGAUAACCGUUUCCCGCCGGCUCUGUCCAGCCCGGAAGAGCGCUGCGCAGCACUGAAGGAGGAGUUUUUGGAGUACCAGCGGCGCCGGCGGGCGGCGCAAACACUGAACCGGAAGAGCAAAGACUUUGAGGAAUGUUACGAACAAGCCACGCUACUCUGACCCCGGCGCUGCCCUUCGACCUAUCGGCGACAAGACCGCAAGGGACACUGUAAC